UGACAGAUAUUUUGGUGUUCAUGUAAAACAAGAGUUUGAUUUCAAUUUAUUUUCCUUCCCCAGGGCAUGAACAAAACUUACAGGACUUUAUAGGAUGCAGGGCAGGGCAUAAUAAUGUGAGUCAGAUGAGGUCUGGUAACAGAGGAGACUCGAUGCAUGUAGUGAGACAGGACUGAAAGACAUUUAAUACUGUCCCUCCACAUAAUGUCUGCAGACAAGAAUCAUUAAAAGGACUGUUUAUGAUCUGUGAGAGACAGAAGCAGAGUGACUGGGCCAAGGACACCAAGUAGUGAAAAAGGAGAAGCUGGCAUAUAAAGUGGAAUUAACAGAUGCUGACAUAUCUAGGAUUACAAGACCCUGCACCAGUGUAUUCCGUGGAGGCAUUCUAUAUGAAAUCUACUCCAUAAAUACAUCAUAUUCUUCUCUUCAGAAGUUCAAAAACAUGGUAUACAGCCACCUUAAACUGUAUCUGUAAUACCCUGGAGGGUUGUGCUACAAGUGGAACUGGAAAAACCAAGUUGUGUAACUGGAACCAAAGCAUUCCUCUGAAAACAACUCCUUGUGGUGGAUGCCCAGAACCUAACAUUCCUGUAUACAUGCAUCACUGCUGUUUUAAAUUACUUUUCAUCCAUAUCUGUUUCUUCUGUCUUUGAAGUGUCAUAUUAAACCUGUUUGUGGCAUUUUGCUUGCGAGGCUGUCAACAUCUGUCUGAAACUGAUAAGGAAAGUUGCCACAGCAGAAGGAUGUUGUACAAUGUUCUGAAAGCUGUAUAUAUGAUGUGUGCACUGUGCCACUUGGUUUCUGGUCAUAUUAAUGGACGGUGCAAUGCCAUUCAAUUAAUCCACAACGAGCUGAGUUACAAGAAUCGAGUGACAUACAUGAAGGACAAUAUGCCAAUUGGCUAUACUAUCAAAGUACAAAAUGAAGAAGUUUACAGACGGUCUAAUGUCACCCAGCUGAAACAUCAUGUCAGUAAUCAAGACCUACAGUACCUGUGGAUCAUCAUCAAUGCAGAGAUCCUCCAGAAGAUUCUGAAGGUACUGCCUGAGAAGCAUUUCUCCAGAAACUAUAUACAAGUAUUAUCAGAUACCUUUGACUACAUGAAUGAUAUAAACACAUAUGAGAAUAAUGUUAUCCAAGAAAUUCAAAGGAGAAUAUUACAGAAUAACAAGGCAAACUGGAAAGAUGUCAAGCCAAAAGCCCUGUUAGACAACUGCUAUAAAGUCAUGCAAGACAUUUUUAACUGUGUGGGGAAAAGUACAGCAGGACUUCACAGUCGUGGGACUUCUGGAAACUGAAGCAGAAGCUCUAGCUGUGGUAUGAGAAAUUGAACAUUGUGUGAGCAGCCAUAGGAAAUAUGCUUUUUGUUCCAUGUAAAGAAAACUAAACAGCAUCUACUAUUGUGGAAUAAGCAGAGAGCUGAUUCUAUAAGCUUGUCUUGUGCAGCAGUGACUCCAGUGCCUUAAAAUGGUACUAGCAAUGAAGACAGAAAGAGGGACAUCUGACGGUUAUAGAAAGACCAUAUUCUGAUGCAUCACGCAUCACUCAUUACAUUUUAAAUAUGGACUUAUUUUGUUUCUCAUUAUAUUUUAAAUAUGGACUUAUUUUGUUUCUGUUUGGUACCUUUCUGGACACUGGAAGAAAGAUAAACAUGUUUGAAAUCAGGUAAAUAUGAAUAAAUUAACAUAUUUGAGGACUAAUAAUGGUUUGUUUAUAGGAUCUGCCUAUAAAAAAGAUCUAAAUCUAUUGCUGGUGUUGAAACCUCAUUAGAUUUUGUAUUGUCUUUCUAAGGAUGUCAGUAAUGCUUAAUUUUAUAUUGCUGCAAUGUUACGAUUAUAAAUACCACUACCAAUUUUGGGUACCUUCCUUAAAUGUAUUUCAUGUAAAAAUAGACCUGUGUGCUGAAUAAAUCUGUAUACAUGUUGUAUGUAAUAGUACAAACUGUAAAGUCCUACUGCAUGCAGUUGUGAAGCAAAUUGUUCUGUUACUGAGCGCACAUCCACUGCAGGGGUUGUGGAUGUCAGGCAGAUUAGAUGUGCUAGCAUAUGUGCUAUUGCACAAAUACUUUACAUACUUGCAGUUGGCAUAUUUUUGUUUUGUUACUACUUAUACCUGAAAACUCUCCUCUCCAUAUUUCCCUAACCAGAAUUUUCCCAGCCAAAUGGCUUCCAAUAUUGCAUGGAUGAGGUUUUUCCAUGUUGUUCAAAAUACACAUUUUGUAUCCAUUGUGUUUAAUGCACCCCAAAAUGUUUAUCAAAGAUGUCACAUACUGCAGUGAAGAGGAGUCAAAUAUUGAAUCAGCUACAAUGGCCCCACUGUUCUGCGGCUGCAAGCACACCAUUAUGGUUCAUUUUUCAGUGAUGUCUGUGAAGUAUGAAACCCUGGUGUUCUUCAUUGCUCUAAGUCAACAGUAGUAAAAAGUAACUUUUGUAACCCUAACCCUGCUAAUUAACCUCCUUUGUAUUCAGUAAGUAUGCAGAUAAAAUGUGCCAUUUCACUACUGCAAGUUUUGCCUGUUUAUUAGCAGAAUCCUUUUGAACUGUCCACAGCAUUUUGCAUAAUCUGUGGACAUGUAAACAGACACGCAGAUAAACUGGCUAUGCCUUGUAUAUCUGCUCAGGCAACAUACACAGCAGUUAAUACAAUUUUUUCAUCUACCUGACUACAUCACAGUCUGAUUUACAUUUUAUGUAUUGUAUUGUAUUACAUUAUCAACUGCUCUUUGGUAAUACAUUUUUAUCAUUA